ACACGCCGGGUUUAUAAAGCGUCCCCGUCCGCUGCGCCGUGCGAGAGGCGGCGGCUGCGCCGGGAGCGGGACUCGAACCCGCGGCACUCGGAUGCGCCCAGGCCAUGGAGCUGCCCACGGCUGCCGGCCCCGCCUGGGGCAACGGUACCGCCUGGGGCUCCCUGCCCGGCCACGGAGCCAACGACACCGGGACACCGCAGGCCAAGAAUGCCACCUCCAUCCUCAUCGCCAUCGUCAUCACCGCACUCUACUCGGUGGUGUGCGUGGUGGGGCUGCUGGGCAACGUCCUGGUCAUGUACGGCAUCGUCAGGUACACCAAGAUGAAGACAGCCACCAACAUCUACAUCUUCAACCUGGCCCUGGCAGAUGCGCUGGCCACCAGCACGCUGCCCUUCCAGAGUGCCAAGUACCUGAUGGAGACCUGGCCCUUUGGAGAGCUGCUCUGCAAAGUCGUGCUCUCCAUUGACUACUACAACAUGUUCACCAGUAUCUUCACCCUCACCAUGAUGAGUGUGGACCGCUACGUCGCCGUGUGCCACCCGGUCAAGGCCUUGGACUUCCGCACGCCAGCCAAGGCCAAGAUCAUCAAUGUCUGCAUUUGGGUGCUCUCCUCCCUCAUCGGGGUGCCCAUCAUGGCCAUGGCAGUCACCAAGUCAAAAGACGGAAUGGUGCUGUGCACGCUCCAGUUCCCUGAUCCUCCCAUCUACUGGGACACCGUGACCAAGAUCUGCGUCUUCAUCUUUGCCUUCAUGGUCCCCAUCUUGGUCAUCACCAUCUGCUAUGGGCUGAUGAUCCUCCGCCUGAAGAGCGUCCGCCUCCUUUCGGGCUCCAAGGAGAAGGACCGCAACCUGCGGCGCAUCACGCGCAUGGUGCUGGUGGUGGUGGCAGCCUUCAUCAUCUGCUGGACGCCCAUCCACAUCUUCGUCAUUGUCUGGACGCUGGUGGACAUCGAUAAGAAGAAUCCCUACGUGGUGGCCAGCCUGCAUUUCUGCAUUGCCCUGGGUUACACCAACAGCAGCCUCAACCCCGUCCUUUAUGCUUUCCUGGAUGAGAACUUCAAGAGGUGUUUCCGAGAGUUCUGCCUGCCUUUCCGAGCCCGGGUGGACCAGAACAGCUUCUCCCGGGCCAGGAACACCACGCGGGAGCGCAUCUCCACCUGCACCCCUUCCGAAGCCCGCAACAAGCCGGCAUGACUAGACGUGGGCAGCCUCCAGCGGGGCUGCCGGGGCCAUGGAGGGGAUGACCUGCGCUCAGAAGUGACCCAGGUCACCACCACGGAGCUCUAGCAGGGUGGUGGCCUGGGCCCUGCUCAAGAAUGCCGCUGGGUUUGUGUUCACACUGAGAGCGAGUGACUGAAAAGGCUUUUUUCAUCCUGGAGAACCAGGGAUGAGGGAGUCAGGACUCACCAAGCAGUGGAGAGGACCAAAAGGAGAGACAACCUGGGCAGAGCUGCUCUGCUGCUGCUCCCACCACUGCCAGGGACAACAUACCAGCCCCAUACACCUGACAAGGGUCCAACGCAUGGCCCAAGCACCCUGCGACACCAUGACUGAAUGGCCAUGUGUUUCUUCUCCUGCAUGGCUCAAGAUGACACCACAGCCCAAGGCAAGAGGGGAAAUGCUCUCAUGGCCAAAGGGGACUGUGCUGGGGGGUGAUGCCACAUCAUGACGCCUCACUCCAUCCCCCGGGUCCAAAAACCAGCCAGAGACAUGAGGAGAAAAUGAUGCCACUUCAGAGACAGUUAUCAAAGAGCUCCACAUCCAUAGGACAACUGUUACUGGAGUUCUUCAGGCUGGGACUGUCCCCAGAGGACAACUUUGCACUGUUAGUGUCAUCACUGUAUUAUUUAGAGACCUCCGACUGCAGCCAGGGCAGCCCUAGACACAGAUGUGAUGCUGGGAAUACAGAUACAGCCAGGGGAUAAAGCAGGGCAUAUCUUGGCUGAUGCCAAAUUCCCCAUGCCCAGCAUCCAUCAGGAUGACAGGGAACUGCUCCUCACCCAUCUACCACCAAAGAUGUUAAGGCUGAGAAAGAUGUCAUGAAGGGAGCAGGCUGGGGGGCACUUGAGGAGUGCUAAAGAAAUUAGGGAGGACCAACAGGACUCCCCUGCCCGUUGGGUGAGGGAUGGACAACAGCACUGCCCAGGUCCCCUUUAGCAGACCCAGAAAGGACAGGAUGUAGAAGCUGGGGGGUGAAACAAUACACCAUCAUUCCAUAAUUCCCCAAGCAGGGACAGAGCUCAUGGAAGCACUGAGAAAGGACCCACAGCCCACAAGAGGCAGAGGUUUAGGGAUUUUAUUCUCAGCACUUACCUGGUUGGAAUAGACAUCCCUCCAAAGGGGCAGCACAUCCUGCAGGAGCCACCAGCCAGGGACCCCUGAACCAACAUUAGCUGUUGCUAACCCAUGACUGCUGAGUCCUUCUGGACUCCCACUCCCUGGAUCCCCCCCACUGGCUGCAAGCAGCAUCCAGGGACCGUGACUUCUCCUUCUCUCCCCUUCCCACCACCCAGUUUCUCUUUCUAAGGAAGCAAAUAGGGUGAAAUUGCCCAUUUGGGUCUCAAAUCUUCACCUGCCUGCACCGUGUCUCCCCACCCCAAGCCAAAGCCUCUCACCUGGGGUUGCAUCAGGCUGGACAUCUCCAGCUCCCACCCAGGGCUCCUCAGGAUCCCUUUGCAGGCACAGAUGGAGGAUGAAGAGCCACACUUGGUCUCCUCAUCCUCUGUCACCCCAAGCCUGGCUGCUCAUGGAGCCUUGGGUGUAGGAUCGGCUGCACAGGGCAGGAAUUGGGGGAAAACCCGCAGAGCUGAGCUCCAGCUCCAUAUCUCCAUUUAAAUCCCUAAUUUCUAUGAUUCUAUGAUUUUAAAUUGGGGGUUAUCCCCCCCAAAAUAAAUGUGAUGGCCCCAAAUCGUUGUUUUAACCCACCUCAAUGUCCCCUGGAAAUACCAACCCCAAAUCAAGGCUGGGGAAGCAGGAAGGAAUGUUUGCAACCAUAGCAACAGAGGUGCUGAGACCACAGAGAAGACUCUGGGGGCCAGGGAGAGGUGAACCUCAUCAUCCAUGGAUAGGGCACCUCCCUCCAUGCUGCAGCCUGGAGGGCACUCUGUGUACUUGUAUAUAUAUAGAUCUGUAUAUCUCUGUCUAUAGCUGUAUGUAUUGAAGUGAUGCCAGGUCAUCCCCUGCUACUCUGUGUGUGAUGGAGCUUGGGAGUUGUCAGGUCCCCAGCACCAGCUGGGACCUCACUAAGUGCUUCAGCCAAUAUUUCCAGCUCCAGCCCUUGUGAUUUUGGGCUUUUGAUGGCAUUUCUGUACAGGAACUGUGCUUUCUACUGCAAGAAAUCAAUAAAAUCAGAGCUAGCAAGCA